CUAUUAUUGAUCACCAAAGAGACUGAAAUCUAAAUUUAAGCAAUUUAGCCAGAUGAAUGGAGACGAUGAGUGUAUCGACAGACAGACCCUCGGUAGAGAUGUGAGGCCUGAUUGUAUAGACCCACCUCUAUCUAUCAGGGACAGGCUGUGGGAUUUAUCAUCAGUGUACCGAUUUAUGGCCCUGUCGUAUUUACUUCUUCAGGAUUAAAAUCCCCGUAAAUUAUAGUACUUCUGGCUCUGAGCAUCAGUCGAGUGCCUUCCCUCACCAGUUUAUCGGACUUCUGUACUUCAGGAACACGGACGUUUCUCUGCAAAUUACCCAUCCUCCUUCCUUCGUCAACCCUUCUUCAAUAAUUAUUGUGUGUGGUCGAGUAAAGGUCGUCGAAAAUGGAGGGCUACUUCAUGCACGUUUCUAAAAAAGUUGCAGAAGCAAGGUUUGGGAAAGAACAAGAGGAGGAGAAAGUUUACUCGGUGCGGGAGCUGAAGAGCUGGAAAUUUUGGCGGGCGGUGAUGGCAGAGUUCGUGGGUACCUUGUUGUUUGUGUUCCUGGGCUGUGCCUCGACUUUGACCAAUCCAGUCAACCCCGUCAGGGUGGCGCUCGCCUUUGGACUUGCCAUCAUGGCCCUGAUUCAGAUGUUCGGGCACAUUUCGGGUGGUCAUUUCAACCCCGCCGUUUCCUUGGGGUUAUUGGCCAGUUUUCAGAUUACCAUAUUUAGAGCACUGUUUUAUACAAUAGCGCAGACAAUCGGUGCCAUCGUGGGAGGCAUGAUUCUGAAGGGGGCGACUCCUGGGUCUUUUCAUGCUAAUCUUGGAGUGACAAAAGUUGCCAAUGGUUACACUCUUGUGCAAGGAGUUGGCAUCGAAUUGAUUCUGACAUUUUGCCUUGUUUUCGUCAUUGUUGCGACCACGGACGGCAAUCGUACCGAUUUUGGAAGCAUCUCUCUCAAGAUCGGUCUCACUGUUGCAAUGCUCCAUUUUUCUUGCAUCACGUUGACUGGCUCUAGUAUGAACCCCGCCCGUUCUUUGGGGAGUGCCGUGGCCUCUGGGGACUAUGACACACAUUGGGUAUAUUGGGUUGGGCCUAUACUUGGGGGUUGUAUUGCUACCUUGCUAUACAAAUUCCUUUUCAUGCCUCAUAGAGGAGCAAUAUCAAACGAAGAGGCUACACACAAAUUACUUGCAGAAGGAGAUAUGAUAGCUAUUCCGAGAGAUUAUUUUACCGGAAGUUCAGAGGCGUCCUCUAACGGCAAAAAGCAAGAGACAUUCAAAUUGUAAGAAAAGGAUUUAGAAGUGACACACAUUAAGCGUAUAGGAUACAAAAACGUGUAAUACUGUUAUUAAGGGAAGAUCUUGAAACAAUAAGAGAAUCAUUAGACUUACAAUAUACAUGAGUAACAGUAAACUACUCUUCAUGCGUAAAGUUGCAAUAAUUAUUAGUAUGUACGGGUAUUGCUUUAAUUUUUAAAGUAAGGUCAGAUUUGAAAGUUUGUUAUUAAUUUAUAAGUGACCUAAAAGGUAUGUGCCACAUAAUUAUUACGUUCAUCAUCGAAGUUUUCCUUAACAACUGACCUCAACCCGCUUCCGUGUAAAAUAUGUGCAUAUAUUUUAGACAUGUUAAGAAUCAUUUGUUACUACAUACAUUACACUUUAGCGUAAAAGUUUUUAAAAGUAUUUUCUUAAUUGAAAUAAUUAUUAGAAAUGCCCCAAAAAUGUAUAAUUAUAGGGGCCUAGUUAAAAUAAAUAUAUAAAUAUAUUUACUUUUAUUUUGCUUUCAAAAUACAUUUGUAUGCUUAUAUGAUAGUAAUGAACUCAAAUGGCAAGAGAGAAGUUGUUGAUCUUGUAAUUUUUUUUUUUAAUACAAAUUUGUGAAUUUUUUAUAUAAUGAACAUGUUUGUGUUUUG